AACUUCUUUCCUUUCCCCUUUUCCUUUUUAUAUCCCUUAACUUAAUACUCUUCAUUUGCCAUUCCAAAUUUCAACCUCUUCUUAAAUAUUUACAUCUCUUAGCAAGUAGGCUACUUAUCGACAAUUCCCCUUUCCCUUGCAACUUUAAAUCUAGGAGCUUAAGUCCUUACCUAAUUCAAGUUAGAACUGAGGGUGAUAGAUCGGGGAAUGUCGUCAGUUGGGAGAGAGAAUAACUAGGACGAAGACGGCGAUUGGUCACCGUAUGGGAGCUCAUCGAAGGCAUGGCCUCAGUGGUGGAGGACACCAAUGGCGACUCGACGAAGUAAGGGUAGAAGCAUGUCCAAAGAAACAAGAAUACGAGUUUGAGUUUGCUGGAGAUGGAGAUCCUGGGAAGGAAGAGAUUGAACGGAAGGGAUGAUGAUGAGAGGGUAAAUUAUUGACCUUCGUUUCUUUUUUUUUUUUUCAAUUCAUAUGGGGCCCACAAUUAAAUUGUUUGGCUCCAC